AACUUGCCACUGUCACUUCCAAAGCGAUUAGUUUAUUGUUGGCUGUGAAAGCAAGUGGAGGCCAGCAACAAAGGAAAAUAAACGAAAAAUAGAAGCAAAACAAGAAAUUGAGUUGAAUUGACUUUAGGAAGACCAAGAAAGUCAUUUCAAAGGAGCAAUUUUGUGUAUUUCGCUUCGCUGAGUAAAUACAACAAGAAUAUCCAUCGAGCAAGUGGCACAGAGGACGGCCUAGAAGAGGCACCACCGACAUGAAUUGCCAAUUGUCAUUUUACAAGGUGCUCUUGAGCAUAAUAAACACCGUGCUAUCGUUGCUUGGCAUUGUCCUGAUAGCGUUGUCCGUUUAUGAACUGAAUUCCUCCACACCUGGCACCUUCGAACACGUAGCGGUGGUGGUGCAGAUAUUUAUCGGAUCCUUUAUUAUACUCACCUCAUUUACGGGCUGUAUUGGUGCCUGUCGUCAUUCCUUGAGUCUUGUUUGGAGUUAUGCCAUGUGUAUUGGAUUCUUAGUGGCAUUCCAAGUCUACAUCAUUGUGGCUGCCCAUUCCACUGACUACGCUGCAAAUGCCCGUAAUGACUUCGACAAAUUGUGGUCUAAUUAUACAAUGAACAUGGACAGAAUUUCAGGCAUUGAAACUAGCUAUCAUUGCUGCGGACGAAAUAGUCCGAAAGACUAUGAGCCCACAGGUGGUCCAAUACCAAAAAAUUGCUACCUCAAAGAGGAGAGAUCAAGUGAGAAUCUCUUUAAGGAAGGCUGCUUGGAAGUUGUAGUGGAGAAUGCCUCGAAGAAUGGGCAUAUUGGCUUAACAAUCAAAUGGAUCAUCUUCCUCCUGGAAGUUCUUGGUAUUUUAGCGGCUGUUGUUAGUUUCUUUGAACUGCAGAAAUAUGACUUUGGAAGUCCGGACUUUACGGAAAAAGUCAUACACAUGGGAAUAGGAGCCAUAUUGGUAAUAUCGGCCUUCGUUGGAUGUUGUGCAGCCGUCAAUGGGUCAGUGAAGAUGUUGGUGUGCUUCACUGUUAUUUUAAUGGCAUUGAUAGCGACACACAUAUGGACUCUUUGGCGCUACAACGAGGACAGGGUACGCACCUCAACUACAAAUAUGGUCAACUUUCACUGGAUAGCAGAGACACAUGAGCAAGGCAACAUGGACAUCCUUCAAGAGACCUAUGAAUGUUGUGGCAAAAACGGUUACACGGACUACCACACCAACAGCAUGACUGUUCCAGAUAGCUGUUACUUUUUCCACAAUAACAAAAGGGAAUUCUACCCACAUGGCCAGGGAUGCCUGCCAGCCGCAUUGGACGCAUACCUUUACAUAUAUCGCAUUGAAAAAUGGUCUCAUGUGGGGCUAAUAUGUUUCGAAGUUCUGGGCAUCUCUUUGGCUUUUGUGCUGAUCUUUAAUUUGACAGCUGACACCCGACGUUAUAAUUAUUAG